AUGUACAAUUCUCAAAUCUCCACAAUUUGGUUCCUGGCCUUCGUGGGAAGCGCCUCAAGCCGCGAUAUCUUUGUCUCGCCGUCAGGUUCUGGAACAGGAACGCUUACUGCACCUUAUGGCUCAAUCCAAGCCGCUGUAAAUGCUGCGGCUGCUGGUGACACUGUCUUCCUGCGUGCCGGUACCUAUGCACCGUCCGCGAACAUCCAGGUUGGAAAGAGCGGCACGCGAACAGCUCCAAUCUCAGUGCGGCCAUACCAGAGCGAAAAGGUCAUCAUCAAUGGAGAGAACAUGCCUGGCACGCCCAAAGCUCUCGACGAGUCUUUACCCAAUUCGGAGCGCGGCAUCUUUCACAUCCAGAACGCCAACUACUGGGCUUUCUACAAUCUUGAACUGAUCAAUGGCCCUUACGGCAUUUACGCACGCGAUGCCUCCCACAAUUAUUACGAAGGUUUGUCCACGCACGACAAUUAUGAAACUGGAUUUCAACUCGAGGGAGCUUCGUCAAACAAUACUGUCUUUAAGCUUGAUUCGUAUCGCAACCGGGAUCCCCGCAAAAAUGGCGAGAGCGCCGACGGAUUCGCUUGCAAGUCCGGAUCCGGUGAAGGCAACGUCCUCCGAAACGCUAGGCUUUGGGACAAUGUCGAUGACGGCUUAGACCUUUUUAUGUUUGGGUCACCAGUGAUGUUGGAAGAGGUGUACGCAUGGGGUAACGGCUACAACAGAUGGGGAUUCAGCCCGUUUGAGGGAGAUGGCAACGGAUUUAAGCUUGGCAUCACGAACAACCCACCCGCAAACCAUAUUGUGCGGAACUCGAUUGCUUUCGCGAACUUCAAGAAGGGGUUUAUUGACAAUGGUAACCCGGGUUCAAUUACCUUUGAGAGGAACACGGCAUGGAACAACGGCGAUACAGGGUUUGUUAUGCGAAGCUCGUCCUCGAGAAUGAGGGGCAACAUUGCCGCGGUCAAUGUGGGUAGCGCCCAAGUCAGCCUCGUCUCGUCGGUUGAUUCGUCUGGCAACUCAUGGAACUCUGGAUCAUGGUCCAACUCGUCUUUCAUCAGUUUGGAUGCUUCUGUACUCAAAG